AUGGGUAAAGGAAAAGGAAAAGUAGAUCCAUCUGGGAGACGAAGUACAACAGAAUGGCCCGACAAUUUCAGGGUUUUUUAUGUCGAAUUAAAGCAGUUAGAUUUUAGGGUUUCUUAUUUCGAUUUUAGGGUUCUAAUUUUAGGGGUUUUUGAUUUUGGUUUUAGGGUUUCUGAUUUUGAUUUUAGGGUUUCUAAUUUAACUGGAUUUUGUAAAAUUGUGGUUUUAGGGUUUCAUGUGAAAUGUACAAUUUGGGGUUUUAUGGUUUAUUUUUCUGCUUUGGUAAAUUACUGUUUAGGGCUCUUUAUUUCAAUUAACAUGAACUUCUUUGAGAUUGUAGCUUACCUUACCCAAUUACUGAAUCUGCCACCAUGUCAGGUUUGGGUCGAUGUGGAGAUGUCGGGGACACGAUACCUUACCGUUACCGGUGGGAAGACACUAAAAGAGUAUUGGUAUCAGGACGAGAAUCUUACGAUGAGCGACAUAGCACAAAGGGUUAAUGAAAUGGGGUACCCAGAAAUCAGUCGAAUCGGGUACUACAAACCGAGUGGUGAUUGGAAUAAGGUUACACUAGUGAAGGAUGAUAACAGUCUUAGAAAUAUGUUCAGCGAAGGGUACAAUUUUGGAUAUGUACAAAUGUUUAUAGAGUUUAAGAAGGCAAUUGCAGAGUUUGAAAAUUACGAUCGAGGUGAAAGUGUUUUGGAUGCAAUAAGGAGCUAUGAGGCUGAGAAGGAAGCUGAUGUGGGUAUUGGAAAUGCAGCCAUUGAGAAGGAAGGUCCAGUGGCCACUGAAAAUGAAGCAGUUGACAAUACAGCCAUUGAAAUGGGGAAUGAUAAUGCACAUGAUGAGUCUGACAGCACAUAUGUAUGUGGAAGCAAAGAAGACAGUGAUGAUGUAAGUGUUAGCGAAGGUGGGAGUGACUUUGAUGAUGAGUACACAAGUGCUAGGGAACAAAAGAAAAAUUUAAGAACUAAAGAAGUUGAUGGCAUUAAUGGGUUGGGGUUGGAUGCCAUGCUUAAAGCUCCCGGAGGUGUUGCCAGUGUUAACAGAAAGUAUUGGGAAGGAGGGGCAGUUGGGAAUUUGGAUGCCCAUGCUGGGGUUGAAGAGUCUGACGCCGGAAGUGCAUAUGCGGAUAGUGAAGACGAGAUGCUCACGCCAUCUAGCAGCGAUGGCGAUAAUUUGGAAAUCAAAAAGAGAAAGCGACGAACCAAAUGGGCUAUUUGUCAUGGCCACGACAUACGCUGGAAAAGGAGUGAGCGGUAUAAAGUUGAAGCUAGAUGCAUAGCUGGUUGCUCGUGGAGAUUAUAUGCAAGUAGGAGAAAAUCAUGCACCUCCUUUCGGAUCACGGGGCUGCACAAUGAGCACACGUGUCAGAGAGCAUCAAAGAACAGACAAGCUACAUCAGAGUGGGUGGCGAUUGAAUUUAUUAAGAAGUUUAGGCGACAGCCUUCGUACAAACCGUGCUAUAUGCAAGGUGAUUUGAAGGACAAGUACUCAGGACUAGCAGUCCCACUUUCAUGCUGCUAUAGAGCAAAAACUAUAGGAAUGAUUAUCAUCAGAGGGUCCCUGGAAACCCAUUACACCAAAUUCAGAGCGUAUGAUGCUAAGUUGAGAAGGGUAGACCCGGAAGGGUUAUUCCGGUUCCACUUUAUUAAUGACCCAUCAACCGGCGAUCCAGUUUUCCAGAGAUACUACGUUGGGUUUUCAGGGUUAAGAAAAGGCUUUACGAGGGGUUGUCGGCCAGUGUUGUGUGUGGAUGGAUGUUUCCUCAAGACAUUGGUUGUUGGUGUCCUGUUAAGUGUCGUAUGGCGCGACGCGAACAACCAAAUGUACCCUGUGGCGUGGGCAAUCGCUGAAGCUGAAAAUGAAGAAACGUGGACGUGGUUCAUGGAGCUGUUGAUUUCAGAUCUGGGGUUUGGGGAGGGUCUCUAUUUGACUCUGAUCAGCGACCAACAGAAGGGAUUAAAAAAUGCAAUUAGGAAAGUGGUCUCUUAUGCGGAGCACCGUAAUUGUGCCCGACAUAUAUAUGCGAAUUGGAAGAAGAAGCACAAGGAUCCGGAGCUGAAGCGACUGUUUUGGAAAGCUGUGAAUUGCACAAAUCUUGCAGAAUUUGAGAGUGUGUUGGACAUGAUAAAGGCUGAAAAGACAUCAGCUUACGAUGAUUUCAUGAAGCAGUUAGAAAAUAUCUUUUGCAAAGCCUUUGUUAGGCCCCAUUCAAAAUGUGAUGCGAUAACGAGCAAUUUGGUGGAGACCUUCAACGGUUACAUUUCAAAAUCGAGGCAGCUACAAGCAAUCAACAUGCUCGAAGACAUUCAAUCAUCUUUGAUGGAGAGGAUGUCCUUGAAGUCGGAGUUGAUGGAUAACCAUUUCGAAGCUAUUUGUCCACUGGUCAGGCAGCGAAUAGACAAGAAUCAGGCUAUGACUAGAACUUGUGAAGCAAAACUUGCAAAAGGGGCAUUUCAAGUCAGUUCCGGUGAGGAUCAGUAUGUGGUAAACCUCAAAAACAAGACUUGCACUUAA